AUGGUCUCAUGUCGCCUCGUCGAUCUUCCAGAAGAUGAUGUUACAGAUGCAGUGCCUCCCAUACCGGAUAUGAUGUUUGCCGCCGGUGAAGAACCGGUUGGAGUUAGGGUUCUUACAUAUCAAUCCUCCAGGGCAAUUAAUCACAUUCUUAAUUCCCUCGAAGAAGACGAGAUUCAGACACUACGCAAGUCUCCCUUUGGCAAGAUUGUUGACAUCGCCGAGAAACCCGGCUUUUCUGGAAGAUUUACUAGGUUUUCUCUUCGAGAGUUCGCCAUUGUAACCGGUCUCAACUGCGGUGAAUAUCCUAAAAGCUCUGUCGUAAGGUCGAAGAAGAACAAAAACGUCAAACCCUAUUGGCCAGAGUUAUUUGGCAAAUCGGAGGAUCUUCGCGUUUCAACGGCCUUGAAAAUGCUUAGAAGAAAAACGGUUACAGAGAAAGAAGUAAGGAUUAAGCUUGCAUGUCUUGCAAUUGUGUCUUCUGUUCUACUCGCUACGAAUCUGAAGAUGAAGAUGAUUAAAGAACAUGCAGAGGCCAUGGUAGAUCUUGAGGAGUUCUAUUCGUUUCCCUGGGGGCGACUUGCGUUUGAAAUGCUUAUGGGGAGUAUUAAGCAGAGGGAUGAGGUAUCCCUAUCGCAGAAUACUAUAGCAGUUAAAGGAUUUGCAUUGGCACUCCAGCUGGUUAUGGUAGAGGCUGUACCGGAUCUAACCGCAGUUGUUUUGGAAACCUGCUCAUCUUCUGAAUCCGAUAGCUGUGAUGACGAUGAUGAUUUCACCCACAAGAAGACCAAAAAGAAGACAUUAAGCCCUGGUCAUGCACGUGAAAUAGACAAAAAGACUAAUGUUAUAGUGAGAAGCAUAAUCCCAGAAGACCCGGAUCGGCCCUUAAUUCCGGCCAAUCUUGUUUGGGCUGACGAGGUCUUAGACGUCAAAGUUGAGAAUCUUCUGAAACUAAUAGCGCAGAGUCACCCCUUUACUGCUGAGAUGUUCAAAGGUGGUGCUACUAAACUGGAUGUUGAAAGAAUGCGUGAGCUAGGGAGAGCUGGGGGAAAGCAGAAGAGGAAAACGAAAACUCAGACUAACACAGAGACAGUCGAGGAUAAGCGUAUUGCAGCCAUUGUUCUGUCUAUGCUCAAACCUGAGGUUGAAAGAGUUGAAGCGAAUGUGGCCAAAGCUGUUUCUAUGGCUGAAAAUACUGCGUCAAAAUUUGCCUCCUUUGACACCACUGUCAUGUUUUCAAUUCAAAAUCUGCUUAACAACUUCAAAGACGAAGUUAUCCGCUCUGUAAUGCAGAUACACAACAGUGCUAACGCCCCAACACAACCGACACAGCCCGACGUUGACACUACUAACCAUGUGCAACGUAAGGUAGAUAUCGUCCAGCCCCACCCUGACCCAAACGAUGCCAUUAUUGCUCAAGUUAUUGGGAGUCUCAGUCAAUACUCCACGCCCCCACGGAAUGCAUCAGUUUGUCCAGGCUCAGAUGGGAGGACUUGUCCUGCUGCUUCACGGUUGCCUUUCGUUUUGCAAACGCAAAAUUCUCCCGGCCAAGACACCACUUUAUCCGCCAAUAGUCACACAAAGGAAGCAACCAAAGAAUCGGGCCAAACCGGAGAGAUUUUUCACGAGACUUCCCUGCAGCCUGUUGGAUGUCAGACAGAUGGGCAAUAUCUCGAUCGGCCCACUGUAUCAGUCACUGGUCAGACCAAUAAUGCUUCCAAAACUGCGGAUGGAGGGCUGAGUUUUGGCAUCCGCAAUAUUCAGGAACCAUCUUUCUCUCUUGGGCUGACGCAACCAGAGAACCCACCUCUGUCUGGGCCGGCAUGCGAUCUAAUAUUUGACACUGUCGCUGACCAUGGCGAUGAACAUGUUGAUGAACACACCUAUGACGUUCCAUCCCCUGACCCAUUCGCUCCUCUGUUAUGCCGGAAAAGCAAGCGCCCUAAGAUUGUUCCAGCUGGUCUUGUGAAAGACUACCACUGUGGAGCUGAUAUACUAAGCCGUGCUCGUGCUGCCCAACCCCCUUUUUGUGAUUACUCCGACCCUGCUGUGGUUAUGUCCAAAUUCUCUAAUCUCGCGGAGAAGAUAAGCACCCCAUUUGUUAUCAAUAUUGCCGGCCUGGCGGUCACUUCGAAGGACAUCACAGGAAUUGUUGAGCUCACCCGUUCAUUGCCAGCUAGGGUUGUUGACAUAUUGGUGCGCUUUGUUCGCGCCACAUGCAACAUGCAGCAACAUUCGAGCCUUGGGCGGAUUCCAGAGUUUCUUGACACCAGAUAUGUUGCAUUGUUGUUCAAGCAUUUUCCAAAGUUCAGCCGUUCGAAAACUCCUGAUGCAUAUCCUUUCCCGAAAAGACUUUUUGAGCUUCUUCGAAAGGACAACCCAACGGGAGCAGCAGUGACCCAUUACUACUUUCCAUUUGAUUUAGGCAAUAAACAGUGGGUAGGUGUAUGUUUUGACUGCACCGCAUGGAAGCUAACUGUCCUUGAUUGCAAUAUAUCGAUCCGCUCCGACUCUCAAAUUGCUACACAGCUGCGCCCUUUUGCGGAGAUGAUCCCCUCUCUUCUGAAGCGUACCGGGCGGAUUUCGAACACUACUGCUUAUCAUGGGGUGGUGAUAGAAAGACCCAAAGUCGUUGCUCAAAACACCAACCCAUCACACUCCGCCCUAACCUCAAUCUUGCUUAUGCAGACCCAUGCAAUAUUUGGCCUUGAAUCUUGCAGGUGUAUCACUCCUACUCUUCUCACGGAAGAAGCUCACCGUGUUGCUGUGAUGUUGUAUGAACUACACGAGAAGCUGUAG